CUUUAGUUUUUCUUUUUUGGAGAUUUUAAGAAAACAAGAAAUCUCUCUCGAACACAAAGGCAAAGGCCACCCUGUUUCUGAAUCACCACCAUCCCCACAUUCUUCGCUUUCUCCCACGUUUGGUACCUAACCCAAAGUCCCCAUUUUUUUGCCACGCUUUUUGGUUUCCUUUCUUUGCUUCUUCUUCUUCUUCUUCUUCUCCUACUCUUUCCUUCAACUCAUUUCUUGUCUCUGCUUCUCUUUCUCGGACUUUUGAGGUAUUGGGGCCCCAUAUAUCUUGUUGGUUGAGAUCUUUAUAUGUGAAGAUAUUUUGGUAACAUGGGGGUAACCUUUUCAUGUCCUCUUAGUGAUCUUGAUGAUCUGGAUAGCCGUUUUGAAGCUGUUAUUGUAAAAUCAAUCAGUUUUAAGGAUGAGGAUGUGAAGAAAGCAUUGCGAUCAGUCAGUUUCAAUGGCCGCGUUUCAGAGCCAAAAGUUAUGCAAUCAUAUGGUUCUAGGAAGAUGAUACUUGAAGGAUCUUUAAGCUUAAACAAGAGAGAAACAGAGACCAUGCUCUCAUGCAAUGCUCCUAGCUCAGAAAAGAAAAAUAACUUGUCUGUUAGACUGGAGAGCUGUAAGAAUGCGAAUAACCAUAACAUAUUGCGGAGAUCAAACAGCUUGACUGAGAAAAAGCCUCAUUCACAAGUUUCAGAUCUGGGAGGGCGAAGAUGUCAGGCUGCAUUAAAGUUGCAAAAGGUGUACAAGAGUUUCCGGACCAGGAGGCAGCUAGCAGAUUGUGCAGUUGUUGUCGAGCAGAGAUGGUGGAAGCUGUUAGAUUUUGCUGAACUCAAGCGAAGCUCUAUAUCAUUCUUUGAGAUCGAAAAACCCGAGACUGCCAUUUCACGAUGGUCUAGAGCAAGAACCAGAGCUGCCAAGGUGGGAAAAGGUUUAUCUAAGGAUGAAAAGGCUCGGAAGCUUGCUUUGCAGCACUGGCUUGAAGCGAUUGAUCCCAGGCAUCGUUACGGCCAUAAUCUCCAAUUUUAUUAUGCCAAAUGGCUUCACUGUGACAGCAAACAGCCCUUCUUCUAUUGGCUUGAUAUAGGAGAAGGGAAAGAAGUCAAUCUUGAAAAAUGCCCACGGUUGAAGCUUCAACAGCAGUGCAUCAAGUAUCUUGGUCCUACAGAAAGGGAGGCUUAUGAUGUAAUAAAGAAUGGCAAGUUUGUCUACAAGCAGACUGGGACACUUCUUGAUACCACAGGCGGACCAAAAGAUACUAAGUGGAUUUUUGUUCUUAGUGCUUUUAAGAUUUUGUAUGUUGGACAGAAGAAAAAGGGCACUUUUCAGCACUCAAGUUUUCUGGCCGGUGGAGCAACAUUAUCUGCCGGAAGAUUGGUUGUGGAAGACGGUGUUUUGAAGGCUGUUUGGCCCCACAGUGGACACUACCUCCCAACAGAAGAGAAUUUCUUGGAGUUCAUGUCAUUUCUUCAGGAACACAAUGUUGACCUCACAAAUGUAAAGAAAAGCCCUUCCGAAGAGGAAGAACCAUCACCAGAUAAGAAGAAUCAGAAUAAGCAGAGAAGCUUGCAGCAGACUCAGGCCACAAACAGUGAAACUCAGCUCAUGAGGACUGAUUCAAGAAAGCAAGAUUGUGAUGCUGCAGAAAAUGCAAAAUCCAUGUCAAGAUUGUCUCGAGGAUCAUUAUCAAAAAUAAGUAAACUUCAAAUACCAGCAAGACAUGAUGUGUUUGACAUCUUUAAGACACAAGCAUUGCCACCAAGCUGCUGCUGUGAACGUCCAGAAUCCCCUACAGACGAUGGCUAUGAAACAGCGGAAGAAUUUUUGUCUGAGGAAGAUUUCAUGUUCACUAAGAUCAAUUUGUAUGGUGAAGAUGAUGAUGAGGAAGAUGAGAAGCCCAUUCCAAAGGAAAAAAUCAUGAAAAGGAUAGACUCGCAUAAGGGAAUGAAGUCAUAUCAACUAGCUCAACAAUUUCUCAAGUGGUCUACUGGGGCUGGGCCACGGAUUAGCUGCAUGAGGGAUUAUCCUUCUGAGCUUCAGGUCCGGGUCCUAGAGCAAGCAAACUUGUCUCCAAGACCGAGAAGUGCUAGUACAUCUCCUCGGACAACAUCACGUUUUAGCCCAAGGGUCAUGACUCCAACUUCAUUACAUAAAGAAACAAGUUCAUCUAGAAGUCCCCUUGCAUCCUGAGCAAGUUGUAGUGUCACAAAAGCAAAAGCAUAGGCAAGUUUUAGAUGAAAGUGUGAUUCUGGCAUGUUGUGGUUAGAGAAGAAGAUAUAGGAUUCUUUUCUGGUUUUUUGAGCCUUUCUUUUGCAUAUUUCUUUUAUUUUUUUUCCAGUAGAUCUUAUGGUGAAAAUGAGAAGAUGAAUUGGAUGAGCUAUUAGGUUUGUCUGCCCUUUGAGUUAUCAGCAGAUUUAUAAAUCCUACAUUGACCUCAAAAGGAGAUUCCUAUAUCACCCAAGAGAAACAACUCCUGGAAAUUUCAGAAGCAAUGAGAAUUUUAAUUUGGAAUG